AUGUUGAGACUACUAGUACCUAGGGGCUCUUUGACUUCCACUUUGGCCCUAAAAAAUGCUCCAUCGAUCAUGGCAAAAAGAUCGUACCAUCCAAGAGUCAUCGACCAUUACACCAACCCCAGAAACAUCGGAUCGCUUGACAAGAAACUGUCUAACGUCGGAACCGGUCUUGUGGGAGCCCCAGCGUGCGGAGAUGUCAUGAAAUUGCAAAUCCAGGUCAACGACGAAACGGGUGUCAUCGAAAACGUCAAAUUCAAGACUUUUGGUUGCGGCUCCGCCAUCGCGUCCAGCUCGUACAUGACAGAGCUGGUGCGUGGCAAAACCCUAGACGUGGCCUCGCAGAUCAAAAACACCGAAAUCGCCAAAGAGCUCAGUUUACCACCCGUGAAGCUCCAUUGCAGCAUGUUGGCCGAAGACGCCAUCAAAGCGGCCAUCAAGGACUACAGGUCCAAGAGAAGGACUACGGUUCUCAAAUAG